UUGAGGAAGGGAACUAUAUAAAGUGCAGCUUCUAAUAUUGAACGAGAGCAUAUCAUUUUGUUUGUUAAAUUAAAACGAUUCUAUUUUUUCAAUGAUGGUUAAUGUUAAUAUUUAUAUGGAUAUUUUUACAUUUUUUUCGUGACUUACGACCAUGGGAAUAUAUGACCUUAUUUGGUAUUCUCUAAGUUGGGAACACUCACUGCAGCUGGAGUUCACAGUCAGUUAACGUUACCAGCAGAUAGCGAAAUAACUUACUGGACGCUGAUUGUACAAGUGUCUGUACAAGUACUGUAGUAUGUCAUUGGAAAACGAUGCAGCAGCACCUCCACCUCCUCCUCUACCUCCCCCACCUCCUCCUCAACCUCCUUCACUGGCGCGCUCAGAGUCCAGCAAGAAGAAGCUUUACCAGGCUUUAGCAGAGGGAAGGACUGCUGUAGAGGGAGACUAUGAAGAGGCCAGUAUUAUUAUAGGACAGAGAGAAAGCAGUUUUAGCAAGGAUCUGCAGUGGCUGCUGUUUAAUAACUAUGUGCCCUCACUCAUUCAAGAUGGUCCCCAAUGUGGUCUUGUGGCCUUAUGGAUGGCGGCUCAUUUACUCCAGCCUCCUAAAACGCUGCUCCUGGAAACUCUAGUGCAGACGGCAAAAGACAAUGGCUACACUGAACAAGGAGAAAUGUUUUCUGCCAGUGACAUGGCCAAGCUGGCGGAGGACGUGUGCGGGUGCAGAGUUCAGAGGUUGUCAGGAGGCAUGCUGGGAGAAAACACUGCUGUCAUUCUUAAACACCUCAUUAACAGGCAGCCCAUUCUUAUACCAUAUGACGAGGAUUUUAAUCAUGAACCCUGUCUACGCAAUGGUCACAAAGCCCACUGGGCAGUUGCCUCAGGUAUUUUACUCGGCUUAAGAGAAGGUUGUGUGAACUAUAAACAUUUCCCCCCCGACAUCACUCUUCCCUGGCUUCGUCUUGCUCAGAGUGAAGCCUCUGUCUCGUGGCCCAUUGAUGACAUUGAGGAGGUGUUUGUUCUGGCCAAGCAGGGAAAGAGUCUGCGCUACCAGCUGUGGGAGUUUGAGUCUGUAGCGCAGAGUAACAAACAGCUGAAGGAGAUGGACCCUCAGAGAGCCAGUGAUGGGACGAGGUACGUGCUUCCUCCUGGAGGUGUACAGGAUGGUCUGGCUGGACAAGUGCUGCUGCUUCACACAAACACAGAGCAGACUAAGAACUGAGCAAUAAUGCAUUUCAGUUUUCAUCCACUAGGUGUCCUUAUAGUUAAAGUGAUUAUGACUAAACUUUAACGGAGGAAGCAAUGGGGUUUUUCUUUUAUAUUAAUAUAGUUAUAUAGUUAUAUAGUAUUACAUACUGUGACGAUGGUAAAAAAAAAAAAAA